AUACCGGUUCUAAAGUCGUUAAUUACGUCACUAGUAUAUUUCAAGGCGAGCAAAAAGAAGGGGAAGGAGACUGUCACCGUUAUGGUUCUUUUGCAAAAAUUAGAAAUAAUGUUCAUGCUAAAUGGUAUGUAGACGGCAAAGACUAUUAUUAUGCUGUCUCUGAAGCUUUGUCUAAAGCAAGAGAAGAAAUUUUCAUUGAAGACUGGUGGCUUUCACCUGAAGUGUAUCUUCGUAGACCUCCUUAUAAAAACGAAGAGUAUCGUCUCGAUAGACUCCUUAAGAAAAAGGCUGAAGAAGGUGUCAAGAUUUAUGUCAUUCUUUAUAAAGAAGUAACUCAAGCUUUGACCUUGAAUUCAAAACAUAGUAAAGGCGUUCUAAAUAAAUUGCAUCCAAACAUCCUUGUUCAAAGACAUCCUGAUCAUG